AUGAAGAUACAGGGUGCUCCCCUCCAUCUCCUGGGCGCGAUGCUCUUCCUGUGCUCCGUGCAUGCCCGAAGUCUCAAGAGAUGUUCACCUUCCAUGGACUUGAACCCUAUAAAAGAGAGUUUCCAAGAAAUCAAAGCCGCCAUCCAAGCGAAUGACACCUUCAAAAACAUCAUUAUGCUGUCCAACCUGCACAGCAUUAAGCCCAUAGAUGCGUGCUGUGUGACCCGGGAACUCCUGGAAUUCUACAUGAAGAGCGUGUUCAAGUACUGUGAGAAGCUGAGCCUCCACAUCUCCAGAGAAGUCAGCGGCAUUUCCAAUUCUUUCUUCUCCCUGCAGAGGACUAUGCAGCCCUGUAAGGAGCAGAGCCUGUGUCCUCGCAGUGGGGAAGCCACCAGUGCAAUCAGAAUCAUCAUCAACAACUAUGAUCAGCUGGAGGUCCAAUCGGCUGCCAUCAAGUCCCUGGGAGAGCUGGAUGUCUUUAUAGCCUGGAUUGACAAGAAUUACCACUAA